CUUCUUGUCACAGUGCAGAGCAUCUGAUCCACACUGAAUAGAAAAGAAUAUCACUGUGGGAACUUUGAAGGAUUGAUGAUUAGUUAGGGAUUCCACCUGAAGACCAGAGAGAACAAUGAGUGCACAUCCUGAAGAGGUCUCCAGCGAUGAUGAUUUGGUUUCAGAUGUUACCUUUUCCGUAAAUCGCUAUCAUUUCGGUGGGUUUGCUUUAAAGAUCAAAGAAAACACCGAAAGUUACGUGGGGUCGCAUGUCUGGAAGGCAGGUAUUGUUCUCUGCGAGUACUUUGAGAAGGAGAAGAUAUCUUUCGCUGGGAAGAAGGUGAUUGAGCUGGGCUCGGGCACUGGCAUUGUGGGCAUUUUAGCCGUUCUCCUCGGUGGAGAUGUGACCUUCACAGAUAAGAGUUUCAUUUUGAAACGAACAAAACAGAACAUUUCUGCCAAUCUCCCUCCUUCCUGCAAAAAACGUACAAAAGUCUGUGUUCUUUCCUGGGGUGAUGAUCAGAAAAAUUUUCCUUCAAACUAUGAUGUGAUCCUAGGCGCAGAUAUUGUGUACUGUAGGUCUGCCUAUCCCUUUCUAUUACAGACCCUCAAACAUCUCAGCAAUGAAAUGACCACAAUUUACAUUUCUUCAGAAAUGAGACCGAAUCUUGUGUCCAGUAUCUUCCACGAAAAGCAAUUACCUCCACAAUUUAACUAUGAGAUUGUGCACAGAAAGGAAAGUGAGAAUAUUGUAGUGUACAAAUUAACCAAAAAAUGAGCAGGUUCUUUACAUAUUAUUAAUAUUUUUAUCAGGAUGGACGAAGUUGUUUGACAUAUAACAUGGCUUGUAGCCUUCUCCUACUAAGACACCUUAAUAUCU